GGGCAAAAAAAUCAAUACUCGCAAAACGCCGACGACCGUAGUCCGCAUAGGUACGCUGUUUUCGUUUGGAUGUCGGACGCGCUUGAACAACUCAAACUUCACUACCCAGACAUCGUAAUGAAGAAUAUUGGCAAAAACAGUCGGGCGUAUGUUAUUGCAAAUCUGUCAACAAAUCACGAGGGAAACCCGACAUUGGCCUGCGAACUGAUCGAAGCAGCAUGCAAAUGUGGUGCGGAUUAUGUAUUGAUGGAACUUGAUGAACAUACUAAUCCAUUUUCAUGCGAAGAUAUCAAAAACUUUCAUAAGUUGGCUCAAGAUAAUGGAGCCGUUUUCACGACCAAAUCGUUAGUGAAUUCAAUUCGUCAAAUUUCUCCUAUACAACAAUUUAAGAAUAUAAAUAAUGACGAAGACGAAAUUAGUAAUGAUUUGCAACUAGCGUUUCCUUCGAUUCCAGAAAAGGAUACUUCCGAAGACCGUAAAUCGUAUGAAACUGUCGAUCUGGUCGAAAAAAUACAACAGAAAUUUCCCAAACAUGAACUUCAGUUUUGGGAAUUUCAAGAAAUAAGCACGUGUCUUCCUGAAGUGGUUAUUGCUAUUGGAAUAAAAGCGAUAUCUUGUAAGUUUACGUUGGACGAUAAAUCUAUCGGAUACGAUCACGCGAUGUCAAUCUCCACUCGUGACUUCCGUACCAUGGUUACCAAUAUUAGAACAGUUGAAAUUGCCCUAGGAACAGGGAAAAAAGACAAACUCUCCCCAUCUGAACUGCCAUGUUUCAAAAAAUUAUUCAAAAGUAUCGUAGCUGCAAACAAUUUAGAGCGUGGAUCCAUAUUAAAAGCAGAAGAUAUGAAAAUUAAAGUCAGUGACACGCAGAGCAUGUGUGGAUUUUACUUUCCAGUAGUAAUCGGUCGACAGUUAUUAUCUGAAGUUGAUGAAGACGAUCCGAUUUUUGUUUCCGAUUUUGAUGGACUGCAACAUUAUACGCAUUAUAUGCCGUUUGAUGAUCCAAUACCAGAAUAUAUCGGAUAUAUACCUGAAAUUGAUCUGGGAAGGCCCAUCAAUUUUAAAAGCCCUUGUUAUAUAAUUGCUGAAAUAGGACAAAAUCAUCAAGGUGAUAUAAUGAUGGCUAAAAAAUUGAUCAAAUUGGCUAAAAAAUGUGGAGCAGACUGUGUAAAAUUUCAAAAAAGUUGCAUAAAUGAAAAAUUUACGUCAUUGGCCAGGAAUCGACUGUACAAUAGUAAAAAUUCUUUCGGUACGACAUACGGUGAACACAAACACUUUUUAGAGUUCACCGAAGAACAAUACAAAGAACUUAGAAGAUACGCUGUAAAAAAAGUCGGUAUUCAUUUCACUGCAUCAGCAAUGGACCCGGUUUCAUUCGUUUUUUUACAGUAUUCAUUUGAUUUCAUCGUUAGCCUCAAAGUGCCUUUUGUAAAAAUUGGUUCAGGCGAAUCUGGGAACGUGAUGCUAUUGGAAAAGGCGGCCAAGGCUUGUGUCCCGUUGGUUAUAUCUACCGGCAUGCAGACGCUAGCUGACAUACGAAUUACUUUUGAGACAGUUAGCCGGUACCAUAAUCAUUUCGCGCUAUUACACUGCGUAUCUGCGUACCCGACACCACCAGAAGAGGCCAAUUUGAACAUGAUCAAGACGCUUCGCAAGACUUUCCCGAACACAAUCAUUGGUUACUCUGGCCACGAAGUUGGCUCUUCUCUAACCGCUGCGUCAGUAGCACUCGGUGCCAAAAUUAUUGAAAGACAUAUUACAUUGGACAGAAAUAUGAAGGGGUCGGAUCAUAUUUGUUCGUUAGACCCUUCGCAGUUCAGCAAACUUGUUAGAGACAUUCGAUACAUCGAAAGAAAUUUAGCUAUUUUAUAAUUGUAUUAUAAUACAAUAAUACAUAUCUCAAUAUCUGUAUGACCUUAAAGUGUUCAUUGACGAGUAUAAAUUGUAUUGGUACUUAUAUUAUUUUAAUUUAAUUGUUUUUUUUUUUUUAAUUUAUAACAUAGAGUACAUAAAUGUACACUGUACAAUAUACCUAUUUUAGUAACUUAAAAAUGAAAAUAAUAUAAUUUUUAAAACAAUAUAGGUAAUAAUAAAAUGUAUGUAAAUUGUAAGUAGGAUUAUACUAUAAUUAUUAUUCUUUAAUUCAAACAUUCAUGUACAGUCUAUAUAGUACAGACUACAGAUGUACAGUAUUUAGUAACUUAGCAUAUAUUUUUGGCCGUAUAAUGAAAAAUGUAGAUACAGAUUUUACUGUACAUUGAAACUAUAGUACUUGAAUGGUCUCUAAAUUCACAAAGCUUAAGCACUCUAUUUCAUUUAAAAAUGUCUGUAAUUUUCAUGUAAAUUAAAUUAAUAUUAGCUGAAGAAAAAAAAUUCAGAUUUCCUGACCAUAUAUAUUUAUAACACUACUUAUUCUAUUCAACUUAUUUAAACAUUUUAUUAGACAAGUACCUACCAACUUAACACAAUCACGUCAUCAUUACACUAUAUUUACACGUAGGUUUCUUUAAAAUUUAAUGUUUAAAUAAUUUAUUGUAUUUAAUUUUCCAAUAUUAAAACUAAAAUAGCUACCAAUAAUUUUUAACAAUAAAACAUUUUCUUUAUUUAUAGCACGUUAAUCCGUGAUCAAUAGGUACUGUUAACAAUUGAUAAGUAACGGUUUAUAUAUUAUUUCAUUCGACAUUUGAAAAAAUUAUAUAGUAUAUUAUACUAUAGUAUAAUACAAUAUAUAUUAUUGUAUAUACAAUAUGCGUACAAGAAGAUGUACCUAAUUUUACGUUGACUUAAGAUUUUACAGAUGGUAAAUCGUCUACCUAUCACACAUCUAUUUUUUUUUAUUUGUGGUUAAAAUCAGAAUUUACACUUCUAAAUUAUUCAUUUUUAAACCGUGAUUUAGAUUUUCAACUCUGUACUGUGAAUUAUGGCAUUACCGCAAAAUAAUAUUCUGUGCUAGGUGUUUGGUGGACAUACGAUUCACCAAGCAUGAUGCUCAAUCCCAGUUUUCUAUUUAAUCAUGAGUUUACUCAAAUUCCAACUUUUUGAAUUUUUGAUUAUAUACUUAUUGACUUUAUUUUAAAAUAAUUGUAUUUUAUACACUAUUUUAGCCUUAAGGAGUGUCUGGUAAGGUGGUAGUAAUAUAAAUUUAUUUAUUUAUAUUAAGAGUUAAGAAUCAUCUGUUUUCCCUGUAAAUUGUAAAUAGAUUAAUUUUUGAAAAUAUUGAUGUAUAUAAAUCGAAAUUUGAAUGUGUAGUUUAAAGUUUUUAUGUUAUUUAACUUUAUAUAUACCUACUAUAUAAGAAUACAAGAAACAUGUAUUAUAAAGUAUUAUAGGUAUUAAAAAUAUUUAGAUAUUAAAGGAAAAAUGAUAUAAUUUGAAAA